ACACACACACACACACACACACACACACACAGACUGUGGAAAUCCAGUCUUAGGUCAAGUCCUUGGUAUGUAGUGGGGAAAAUGAGUGUGUGUAUCAGUGUGUAAAAAAACACACACUACCCAAGACGUUUGCACAGGCCAUUUGCUUGUGCGUGUGGAUCCUUUGUUAUUACUUGACAUACAGUAUAGUAAUGAAGGAUUCUGAUGGGAUGUAAUAUGAUGGUGCAGUUGGGAACCUGAGGGAUUGGGGUGGUUAGUACAGUGGUAGUACUAUAUGUUUUUUUAUGUGUGUUUGAAAGGACACAUCGGACACCGGCAUACUGGUCUGUACAUGCCUUUGUUUGAUGUGCCAGGGAUAUCUCUCAUGCUGUGACUUGUUACGGUUUGUGCUAGUUCAGUUUCCACCGCUUUGUGCAGUAAGGCCGCCCAGGAGGGUUUUGUAUCAUUAGUGGUAUCAGAAAACAUGCAUUAAAUAUACGUGAAUGCGUCUCAGGGACACUUCUCACAAAACGACGAGACGACUGAGUUUGAGAAUGCAGCAUUUGGGGGUGACGGAUUGCUAAAAUGCUGCUUACUCCUUGGCGUGGGAAGUAUCAUUCAGUCACAAACUGGCAGAGUCAGACACAGAAGGCGCUCAGAAUGCUGCAAAAUGAUUCAUCUUUUUGUUGUUGCGGAGAUGGCCUGUCCCUUCCAAGAGUCCAAUGUCCCAACCACCCUGAUACUAUACUGGUGGAGGACUACAGAGCAGGGGACAUGAUCUGCCCUGAAUGUGGCCUUGUAGUAGGUGACCGUGUUAUCGACGUCGGCUCAGAGUGGAGGACGUUCUCCAAUGAGAAAGCACUCAAGGAUCCAUCCAGAGUGGGAGACGCCCAGAACCCGCUGCUCAAUGGGGGCGACCUAACCACCAUGAUCAGCAAGGGAACCGGCGCAGCUAGUUUUGAUGAAUUCGGUAACUCCAAGUAUCAGAACCGGCGGACCAUGAGCAGCUCAGACCGGGCCAUGCUCAACGCCUUUAAAGAAAUCAGCACCAUGGCAGAUCGCAUCAACCUGCCAAGGAACAUCAUCGACAGAACAAACAACUUAUUCAAACAGGUUUAUGAACAGAAGAGCCUGAAGGGCCGAGCCAAUGACGCCAUAGCCUCGGCCUGUCUCUACAUCGCCUGCAGACAAGAAGGUGUACCAAGAACAUUUAAAGAAAUCUGUGCCGUGUCUCGGAUCUCCAAGAAGGAGAUCGGCAGGUGCUUCAAGCUGAUCCUGAAAGCGCUGGAGACCAGCGUGGACCUCAUCACCACCGGAGACUUCAUGUCUCGGUUCUGCUCAAACCUGGGCUUGCCCAAACAGGUGCAGAUGGCGGCCACCUUCAUCGCCAGAAAGGCUGUGGAGCUCGACCUGGUUCCCGGCAGGAGCCCCAUCUCGGUGGCUGCAGCGGCGAUCUACAUGGCCUCCCAGGCCUCGGCAGAGAAGAAGACCCAAAAGGAAAUCGGGGAUAUUGCCGGCGUUGCAGAUGUUACGAUCAGACAGUCAUACCGACUCAUCUACCCACGCGCCGCAGAACUCUUCCCCCCAGACUUCAAAUUCGACACGCCUGUCGACAAGCUGCCCCAACUGUGAAGACAAAGCUCCGGUGACGCUGUUUUUCUGCUGUACUUACAGGAUUCUAUUCUUUCUUUAUCAUGUUUGGAAAGUUUUCCCUUGUCCCUCGUAGGACCGCUUGCCUUUGUCGAGGCGUCAUCACAGGAAUAAAACGGACACAUUCCAGCGCUUAAUCAGCUUGCAGACUGUACUUACAGUAUUUCAUUUGAGUGUAUAUACUGUAUCAUGUAUAUAUGUCCAAGUUGGAAAAUGCUUGCAAUUUUAGACUGGUUUCAUACUGUAUACAUAAUACUUUUGUUUUUGUAGAAAAAUUACCUGCUUCUAUUUUGUUAGUUUGAAUUGUUCAACGUAAUUUAAAAAUAAAUAAAAAGAUUUUCAUUCGAGCAUG